ACAUAAAUCGCAUUCCAAUACCACCGAAAAACGUUAUAAGAGAUUUUCCAUUUUGAGAAGAAAUGGUUCCAAUAUGCGUGGAAUGCGGGACUCGGAGCAACCCAUGCAGGUGCAAGGUGGUGGGUCCCACCGUCGGCUUCCUGGCGUUCGCGGCGGCGGCGCUGGUGGAGUGGCCCGUCGGCGCACUCGUCUACUGCUUCCGCCACAUGAAGGGCCGCCGCAUCAUGGCUCACCCCGCCACCGUCGUUUACCCCAAAGUCACUAACUCCAUCCCUAUAUAGUUUAAUUAACAAUACUCACUUUCUUGGACAUGAAAGAAUAAAGACAUUUUUUAAUGUCUACAUCCCAAUAUUGAUAUAUUAUGAUGUUAUAGAAUGGGCCAAUUUUACAUGUCUUAAAUUAACGAGUCGUUAUGUUUA